GACGGCCGCGCGGGGUGGAGGGCGGCGGCCGCGUGAGGCCUGAGGGCAGGAGACGCCGCGGCGGCGAUGCUGGAGACCCUGCGUGAGCGGCUGCUGAGCGUGCAGCAGGAUUUCACCUCCGGGCUGAAGACUUUAAGUGACAAGUCAAGAGAAGCCAAAGUAAAAAGCAAACCUAGGACUGUUCCACAUUUGCCAAAGUACUCUGCUGGACUAGAAUUACUUAGCAGAUAUGAAGAUACAUGGGCUACACUCCACAAAAGAGCCCAGGAAUGUGCAAGUGCUGGAGAGCUGGUGGACAGUGAGGUGGUUAUGCUUUCAGCACACUGGGAGAAAAAGAAGUCGAGCCUGAUAGAGCUGCAGGAGCAGCUGCAGCAGCUUCCGGGCUUAAUAGCAGAUUUAGAGUCCAUGACAGCAAAUCUGACUCAUUUAGAGGCUAGUUUUGAGGAGGUAGAAAACCAUCUGCUGAAUCUGGAGGAUUUAUGUGGACAGUGUGAAUUAGAAAGAUACAAACAUACGCAGUCCCAACAACUGGAAAAUUACAAGAAAAAUAAGAGGAAGGAACUUGAAACCUUCAAAGCUGAACUCGAUGCAGAGCACACCCGGAAGGUCCUAGAAAUGGAGCACACCCAGCAAAUGAAGCUCAAGGAGCGGCAGAAGUUCUUUGAGGAAGCCUUCCAGCAGGACAUGGAACAGUACCUUUCCACAGGUUACCUGCAGAUAGCGGAGAGGCGAGGGCCCGUGGGCAGCAUGUCGUCCCUGGAGGUGAACAUCGACUUGCUGGAGCAGAUGGAUCUGACAGACGUCUCUGACCAGGAGGCCCUGGAUGUCUUUUUGAAUUCAGGUGGAGAAGAUAACACUGUGCUGUGCCCUGUCUUAGGGCCUGAAUCAAGUAUCAGUCAGAACGAAGUUACUCUUCAGGUUCCAAAUCCCUCUGAGUUACAAGCUAAGCCGCCUUCCCUACCCUCUGCCUGCACCGACCCAGCUGCCCAGGACCCCAGCAAAGGUGGGGAGUCCCCCGUUGUUCAGUCUGACGAGGAGGGAGUUGAGGUGGACACUGCCCUCGCCACCUUACACACCGAUGACAGUGACUCCUAAAUCCGGGCGCUUGCUUUCUCUGACCACCUUUGAGGAAGACGCAGCCUUGUGCAGAAUCCCACCGUGAAAGCAGGUGGUCUUAGGGAGGCUCUUGAUUUUUACACAGUUGCCAAUAAUGUGUGAGAAAAUGGACUGAACAGCUGACAAUAAAGUUUGAGGACUUGAACCUGA